AAUAAAAACCACAACCGGGUCCAGCUAUUUCGAUUCGGUUCAAUUCCGGUUAAGCUCAAUCGAAACUCCAACCACCACCUCCUCCUCCUCAAAUCAGAAAACCACUCAAACAGAGCCCUAAAGUCGGCGACGGCGGCGACCAUGAAAACCUCCAUGGCUCUUCUCCUCCGCACUCUUUCGAAAGCUCGCAUUUUUCAUCCUCAUUCUCCAUCUCUUUCUCCGGCUCGAUGCAAUUCUCUGUUGCCAGCUCUCCAAUCACGAGACAUCGCUGCUUCGCGGCGAUCCUACUCAGCGAUGAUCGCGUCGGCGAACUCUCCCUUCCGGUCCAACCUCCUCCGAAUCAUAAGAAACGAGAUCGAGUAUCAAUCGGAAUACGCUCCUCCGCAUCAGCCAGCGACUGAGUUCAAGUCAUUCUCUGUUGAGGAUCGUCCCGGUGAGCAAUGCAUUGUGAUGAAAGGGAAGUUUGGAGAAGAGGAAAGCAUCAAAAUGGAAGCGACUAUGUUCGAUGGGUUUAUGACUGUUCCACGUACCGGUUUAGAUGCUUCGGGCCGCGACGUCCGUCUUCACGUCAGCUUGCUUGUUGACAUUUCCAAGGCUGAUGGGAGUGAGGACAUGGAGUUUCUUUGCUCCGUCUGGCCUAACCGUAUCGAAAUUCAAAACCUUUACAUGCUUAAACGUGAUGAAAUCACUGGUCAGCCUUACAUGGGACCAAAGUUCGGGAGUUUGAAGUAUGAUUUUCAGACAGCGGUUAAAGAGUUUUUGCGAGUGAGAGGGAUAGACUCGGAGCUUUGCUUUUUCUUGCAUGAGUAUAUGAUGAAUAAAGAUAGGAUUGAGCUCAUUCAAUGGUUGAGAAAGCUAAAUUCAUUCAUCGCAAAGUAAAUUUUCCAUCGUUUGACAUAUCUUUUUGAUGAUUAUGUUCUCAGUUUAAUACAAUGUUUGAAAUGGAAUAAAUCAUAUACGAUAUAAAGUUGAUCAUAACAAUA